UGUGGAAGUCUUCCAACAAAAGACCACGCAGACGACUUACUUUUAAGUCGUCUGAGUGGUCUUUUUGUUGGAAGACUUUCAGACGACUUAACUUUAAGUCGUCUGUGAACAAAAUACUUCUCAGACGACUUAACUUUAAGUAGUCUGUGAACAAAAUACUUCUCAGACGACUUAACUUUAAGUAGUCUGAGAACAAAAUACUUCUCAGACGACUUAACUAAGUUUAUAUCUUUUAUUUAUUGCAGACUAUCGUGAAGAACUUCGUUCAGAAGGAUUUUGAUGAAAUGUUUCCAAAAUGGGACGGAGACAUAGAUGACCCUGCCGCGGAUAACAUAAUUAAAGUCAUGUUUAAUGAUCCUGGAUGGGAGUGGACCAUGGAAUGCUGGCCAGUCACCGGUACUCGCAAGGUUGUGAAGAUGGAAGUGAUUCCAGUGAAGAAUGAAGUGAGUCCCGUGAAGUCAGAGAGUGUUGUGAAGGAAGAAAGUAGCAGACCUCGGAAGAAAGCUCGUAAAGGGUCUUCUGUUUCUGCUGAGACACCUGCGGCGGGUAGUGAAGGGAUGACGCAUCAGCAGAUUGAAAAGUCCUUGAAGGACAUAUCUGAUACCAUUAAUCUUGGCUUUGGGACGUGCCUUAAGGAGCUCAAGUUACUGGCGGAUAGGAUGGUAGCUGUGGAGAAGAAGGUGGGAAUCACCAACAGAGGGGGUUUAUCUGAUGAUCGUCAACUUACAACCACUUCAAAUCCACCAAAACUUGUUGACGAACCCGGGGUUAGUACCAAAACCUCUCCCAAAAUUGCAGAGAAGAGAGUCACUAGGCAAAGUGUUAGGAAGAGUCAGGACUGAUGUGAUUUGUUUCUUGUGUGCUUUGAUGAACAUGUGUGCUUUGUUUCUAGUGUGCUUUGAUGAACCACUGUAUGCCUUGAUUCUGAACAUGUGUGCUUUGUUUCUAGUGUGAAUUUGAUCUUUGCUGUAAGGGCUUUUGUUAAUA